CUAUCGAUAUUCUAAUCGAUGGUCUGCGACCUCUAUUGUUUGUUGAAUUUCGGACGUCCGUCAAUUAGUUACAUAAAAAGAAACCAAGGAACGACGAAAUGCUGCGCUCGGCAACAGCCUCCCUGGGCACGUCUAAGAUACUGCUGACAGCGUGCAAAAACUGGAGUAUCUUACCAGCCGUUGUGACGGGAUCAGCACAGAAUGCGAGCGUGAACGCAAAUGCGGUUUGGGUUCGCCAGCAGCAAACCCUGCCUGUGGUUGAAUCGCCAGAUACCUUGCCCAAAAAGGGUUAUUCACCAUUUGGCACCAAGCAGAGCAGCAUGGCCGAAUGGUCGUUGGCCCGGCUUGAUGAUCUGCUAAAUUGGGGUCGCAAAGGCUCCAUUUGGCCCCUAACUUUCGGUCUUGCUUGCUGUGCGGUCGAAAUGAUGCAUAUUGCAGCUCCCAGAUAUGAUAUGGAUCGUUACGGAGUUGUGUUUCGAGCAUCGCCGCGACAAGCCGAUGUUAUUAUUGUAGCUGGAACGCUUACCAAUAAAAUGGCACCAGCAUUGCGUAAAGUCUACGACCAAAUGCCUGAGCCACGAUGGGUGAUCUCCAUGGGUAGCUGUGCCAACGGUGGCGGCUAUUAUCAUUAUUCGUAUUCCGUGGUUCGUGGCUGCGAUCGAAUUAUACCCGUCGAUAUAUAUGUGCCCGGCUGUCCACCCACUGCUGAGGCGCUUAUGUACGGAGUCCUUCAGUUACAAAAGAAAGUCAAACGCAUGAAGACUCUCCAGAUGUGGUACAGAAAAUAAGCAAAUAACAUAAGCAUAACACAUAUGUACAUAUAUACAAUUUAAAGAAUAUGUGAACUAUGGAAA